UGACGUACGUACGUAGUUUCACUUGUAAACACUAGGUAUUGAACCGUCGCGAAUCUACCGGCUCAUAGUUGCCUACUGCCAUCCACAGCCGCGGAUAAAAUCCGACUCGGCGGUUUCGUUGUGCCUCUUCCCCGCAGGAUGUUGGGGAUCUGGAUGCAUUCUUUCCCUGGUCACAUGCAGGGUAUAUAGGCGAAUAUACGUGUCUGACUUCUCAUCCAUGGACCUAACAUAAGCCCGCCUCUCGCUUGCAAGUGUACGCGCAUACGUGCGAAGCCAUACUGAACUCACUGUACUCGCGACAGCAAGUGGUGUACAUAUAGCUGAGAAGGUCCGAGGAAACGGGACAAACGAUGGCAAAAGACAACUACACGAUACAAGCGGAAGCUUCACGGAUCCUUAACUCAGUCCUACUCACAGAUUCGCGGCUACAAAUCCCCGAGUCCGUCAAGACUGCAGCUCAACGCACCUCCUUCGAUCCUUCGGCUCUCACCACUCCCUUUCUACCUGCUCCCAUAAAGUGUAGCGAGUCGAGCACCGCUCUGUGGGCACUCUUGGCCACCUUCGGGAACACGAUAUGUGCUGAUCGGUACGGCUUGACUGAUCAGAAUGUCGUGGUUAACAGCGAUGUCGCUUCUAUCUUCCUCAUCUCAUUCUGGUUGAUGCGGGUCGGCGGGAAACCCAUAUCCGACCCGGAGCUGGGAAAGCGGUACUCUAUUUACGAUACCACAAACCAAUUUACGUUCUGGCGCCGGCUGGCGACGAACUUAUACCCGACGCGCGACGGGCGCUGGUUUCAUCUCCACGGGGGACUAAAUUCCGAUCGGAGUCUGCGGAUGCUCGGGCUGCCGACGCAAAGGGACGUCGCCGACGAGAUGGAGGCUAUCGAGGGGCUUUCCGAGGGGGUGCGGCAGUUCGACGCGGAAUGGCUGGAUGUUGAAGCCAACGAAUACUGGAGACAAGCAGGAGGAAUUUGUUUUACGCCCGAAGAGUACCGCGAGACAGAACAAGGCAAGGCGGUAGCCGACGACGCCCUAUAUUUACUAGAGGAGUUCCACGACGAGAGACUACCACCGGUACCAUGGCCCCAGAUUGACACUAAGACGUAUAGUCCUCUGGAGGGUAUCAAAAUCGUCGAUCUCACACGAGCAAUUGCCGGCCCAACGAUCGCGAAGCUCGCGGCCUUGUUCGGCGCCACAGUGAUCAGGGUAUCGAACAUGAAACUACCAGAUCUAGGUAUUGUUCUCUUCGAAAGUAACAUGGGCAAGCGGGACGCGCACAUCGACCUGAAAAGCGAGGAAGGGCGAAAGGCGCUACUGCACUUAAUAGAAGACGCCGACGUCGUGCUCGAUGGGUACCGUCCCGGGGCCCUGGAAAAGCUCGGAUUCGGCCCGACAUACGUGCACGAGGUGGCCAAGAGACGAGGUAAGGGUAUCGUGUACGCACGCGAGGACUGCUACGGCUGGAAGGGACCGUGGAAGCAUCGUAGCGGCUGGCAGCAGGUCAGCGACGCGGUGACGGGGGUGGCGUGGCUAUUCGCUCGGAUGUGGAACGUAGACGAGCCGGUGAUGCCGUUCUUACCCAACUCCGACUUCCAAACCGGGAUCGUAGGUUGCAUAGGCGUCAUGAACGCGCUGGACAAGCGAGCGAAGAAGGGCGGUAAUUAUCUCGUGUCGAUGUCGCUAAAUCAACUCAACAGCUUUUUGAUAUCUCUCGGGACGCAGAGCCCGGAAGUGCAGCAGUCGUUGCGCGAGAUGUGGCCGAAUAUGAAAAUGCGGCAUUACGACGAUCUACACAGACAAAUAAGAACAUUUUUGAGUGACAUGCCAAAAGUAACGCCGCAGUUGUUCAAUCCCGAAUACUUUACCACCAUCGAGGUUAACCUUGGCGUACCCAACGAGAAGAUGGAGUUUGUCGGACCUGCAGCUAAGUACGACACGACGAAGUUAGGAUACGAUUGUGGAAGUUGCUUAAGGGGGGCAUAUGAGGCGAAGUGGCCGGGUAAAAAAUAGAACGGGUUUAGUUAGGCUAUCAUCAUCAUCAGCAUUCGACAUUAUAGAUAUAAAAUAGUAGGUAGUUGUGGGUAUCAAUUCAUG